CCAUAGAGAUUCGCGGAGGACGGCUAGAACGUUGAUUGCGGAUCCCACAUCCUUCCCCGUAGUCCUCCUCAGCCGUCUUCCUUAACAGACAUGGCGCAGUCGAUUAACAUCACAGAGCUGAACCUGCCGCAACUAGAAAUGCUCAAGAACCAGCUGGACCAGGAAGUGGAGUUCUUGUCCACGUCCAUCGCCCAGCUCAAGGUGGUACAGACCAAGUAUGUGGAAGCGAAGGACUGCCUGAACGUGCUGAACAAGAGCAACGAGGGGAAAGAAUUACUCGUCCCACUGACGAGUUCUAUGUACGUCCCUGGGAAGCUCCAUGAUGUAGAACACGUGCUCAUUGAUGUGGGAACUGGCUACUAUGUGGAGAAGACAGCUGAGGAUGCCAAGGACUUCUUCAAGAGGAAGAUAGACUUCCUAACCAAGCAGAUGGAGAAAAUCCAGCCAGCCCUACAGGAGAAGCAUGCCAUGAAACAAGCUGUCAUGGAAAUGAUGAGCCAGAAGAUUCAGCAACUCACAGCCCUGGGGGCAGCUCAGGCCACUGCCAAGGCCUGAAAGUAUGUUGUAGAAAUGAAGCAGAAGGUGGGGCACACCUGUAUUCCGUAAUCCCAGCGCUCCUCGGGAGGCUGAGGCAGGAGGAUUGCUGGCAGUUCAAGGACACCUUGAACUAUACAGUGAGACCCUGUCUCCCAAAAAAGGAAGAAUUGGGGCAGAGGGACACUAUAUUGGUUUGGAACUUUGUGGUCUUCUGAAGGGGAAAGAGUCUUGUGUUUAAUGCUAAUAAAUAUGCCUGCUGGGCAGAA